CGGUUACCGAGGGGUUCCUUUGGAGAACCAUGAAGUCACACUAUGUUGUGCUAACCCUAGCCUCCCUGGUGUUCCUGUCCUGUGUCCCUGCGUCACAGACCUGUAACAAAGCCCUCUGCGCUAGCGAUGUGAGCAAGUGCCUCAUUCAGGAGCUGUGUCAGUGCCGGCCUGGAGAAGGGAGCUGCCCCUGCUGUAGGGAAUGCAUGCUGUGUCUGGGGACCCUGUGGGACGAGUGCUGUGACUGUGUGGGGAUGUGUAACCCUCGGAAUUACAGCGACACCCCUCCCACUUCAAAGAGCACUGUGGAGGAGCUGCACGAGCCCAUCCCUUCCCUGUUCAGAGCCCUCACUGAGGGAGACACACACCUGAACUGGAACAUCGUCUCCUUCCCAGUGGCAGAGGAGUUGUCCCACCACGAAAACCUCGUUUCCUUUUUGGAAACUGUGAACCAGCCGCACCACCAAAAUGUGUCUGUUCCCAGCAACAAUGUCCACGCCCCUUAUCCCAGCGACAAAGAGCACUUGUGCACUGUGGUCUACUUUGACGACUGCAUGUCCAUACACCAGUGUAAAAUAUCCUGUGAGUCCAUGGGAGCGUCCAAAUACCGCUGGUUUCAUAACGCCUGCUGUGAGUGCAUCGGUCCAGAGUGUAUCGACUAUGGCAGUAAAACUGUCAAGUGUAUGAACUGUAUGUUUUAAAAGAAAUGCAGAGCAAAGCCGUUUAGUCACUAGGAGGACAUGGGAAAGACUCAGUGAGUCACGGAGUGUGCAGAAGUCUUGAGGCCAGUGUGCUAAGGACACAUUAGCGUAUACUAUUAGAACUGUGCUUUCUAUGUUUGGUGCCUGUUGGUGUAUGUCUUUUCCAUUGGCUAGAGUAGAACUCAAGUCCUAGGAGAGUAGGGUCAGAGGAGUCCUGGAAGAUCUCGAGUUCUGACGGAAGGGCUGGUGCCUUCUGUUUCCAGAGGGGUAGAGAAGGAGGGGUUACGAGGAGUUGUGGCUUUUACCUGCCAAUCCAGGACACCCGCCAAUCCAGGACACCCGCCAAUCCAGGACACCGCCAAUCCCAGGACACCUGCCAAUCCCAGGACACCGCCAAUCCCAGGACACCCGCCAAUCCCAGGACACCGCCAAUCCCAGGACACCCGCCAAUCCCAGGACACCCGCCAAUCCCAGGACACCCGCCAUUCCCAGGACACCAGGUCUCGACACUUACACCUUUCCUAACUGUGCUUUGGAUUGCUUAUCUGUUUUAUAUAAAUGGAGUAAUAUUAUAGUAUAUAAUUCUAACAACUCAUAUUCAAGCCACUGUAAAAGCCUAAUUUCAAACCAUUUUACAUUGGUUUUAGAAAGCAAAUACUUACUAUAUUUUACUUUAUAUUACAACAGAAAACUUACGUAGGGCCAGUAUGCUGACUGAGUGGGUAAAGGUGCUUGCUGCCACACCUGACAACAUGUGUUUGGUCCCCAGUCCCCGGAGCAGAAGGAGAGAACCAACUCCCGAGAGUUGACCUCUGACAUGCAUGCAGAUGCGCGCACAGGCACGCGCGUGCGCGCACACAGGCACACACACACACACACACACACACACACACACACACGCAUGUUUAGAAGGCUGAAACAGCUUGCAUGGUGAGGUCUGUCCCACAGCACUCUUGCUGACAGUGACUUAGACAUUGUCUUCCACUCCCUAAGCCACAGUCCUGAUGCCUUAUGUGUAGGCAUCGAAUCUUCUGCACCAAGAAUUGCAGCAUACCUCUGAAACUCCACAGAAGCCCAGGAAGAGCGGCCAGGCCGUAGAUCACGUGGUGCCCCAUGAGGUGCUGGUGGCAGAGGUGACUGUACCAGGACCAGGGCCAGCUCAGCACUAGCAGAGCAACCAGCGCCCCCAGCUGGUGAGAGCCUGCCUGCACAGGGUUGAGGAGGAGUGCCCAGGCAGGCGAGAACUGGGAAUGUCUGCAGUCACUACUGUCGCUACUUCGUAACAUCACAUCUGUUUCUGGACAUCUGGAUCUAGUAUCUGAUUAAAUAAGCGUCCUCUUUUAGGGAGCUAUAUUUCUGAAAGUAGGAGGGGAAAUCUGUUAAUAUAUUCACUCCUAGCAUACUGUGGAAUCAUCUAGUUUCUUAUGUAGUGUUUCCAUAGAGACAAGCAGAAAGGGCAUACUAUAUGCCCUUCAUAGAAAUAAAAUCCUUACCUUCAAGCAUGAACCUAAAACAAAUAUUUAUAAUACAUAGACUCAAUUUAAUAAAAUUGCUAUUUUCUGUAGUGUGUAUUUGAAUUAAAGUAACUUUUUAGGAAUACUCUACAUAUUUUAGUACAUAAAAUAGGAAGUGCUCUUAAACACAUUUUGCAUUUUUAUUUGAACAGUAGCUACUUACAAUAUCAUUUGUGAUAUUAUGGCUAUCCGUUAUAAAACCUGUAUUCUUUCCGAUAACUGAAGAACACUGAAGGUAAGGUACGUGAGCCUUCUGGACGGAUCUGACUGUUAAAUGUCAAAGUGUCCCCUCCCUCCCUCCCUCCCUCCUUCCCCUCCCCUCUCUCGUCCGUACCUCUGUUUAAAAGUGCCUUGCAAACAUUUCAGCUCCUUUCUGAGCUCCGACAGCGGCAGACUGCCGCGUGCUGCCCACUCAGUCCGCUAGUUCUGGAGAGCUGUCAGGCCGUGACCGCAGAGCAGAGCGCGUCUGUGGUUUCAGGCAGUAAGCCUCAACUUUUCUGUUUUUGUUUGUUUUAUCUUGAUACAGGGUCUCUAUGCAACCCCUGCUGGCCUGGAACUUGCUAUGUAGAUGAGGCUGGCUAUCCUCAUGUUUGCUUCUGAUGGCCACAAACAUUGUUAAAAUAUGUCUUAACCUUUUGUAUGUCUUUUUUACCCCAUACAUUUCUAUGUGGACAAUUUGAUUUUUUUUUUUUUUAAGCCUUGGCUGUCCUGGAACUGGGUCUGUAGACCAGGCUGGCCUCAAACUCACAGAGAUUCACUGCGUCUGCUCCCCGAGUGCUGGGAUUAAAGGUACGCCACCUCCGCCCGGCAAGUGGACAAUUUCUUAAACCAGUUGCUUUAACUGUUUUGCUUUAUUGCUUUAUUUCUUUAUUGCUUUAUUCCCCAUUAGAAAUGAUUUCCACAGAUAAGUUUUAUAGUUAUAUUUUGCAUAUGUCUCCUGCUUUGCCAAGGCCUUGAGGAAAGGGCAGCAUUCAGCUGACAGAUUGUUUUCAGAGCCAGGGUUGUGCACACUUGUGUUCCCACCACUUGAGAAUCAGAGCAAGGAAAUCGGGGCCAAAGCCAGCUGGGGAUAUAUAGCAAGACAGUCAGAAAAGCAAAAGAAAACCCCUUCGUCUAAUUCUGUACUCAACCUUCUGAGUAAUGCUUUUUUAGUUGAAAUUAAACAUUUCAGAAAUCAGUAGCCUCGAUUCGCACCAUCCUAGCAUAUUCUUCCGCACUGAAGAUUUUUGUAAUGGUUUGUUUCUUUUUCAGUAAAGAAUGAUGUUGUCUUUAUUAUAGCUAGGUUUUAAAAAACACUAGAUUUAAGGGUGGAGGUGGAAGCCCGCCAUGGUUACUGUGGGUGCAGCCCUGGGCCCCACCCUGAGUGCCAACAAGAAACAAACACCGGGGUGCGAAUCGGGGUAUUACUAAAUUAAAUCUAUGCACACACACUUUCCUAUAGCAAGGCACGGGCGGGCUGCUUCCCCGUGACAUCUAAUUAUGACUGGAACUAUAAUUAUGGUACAAAAGCAAACGUGGAUUCAAGUAAAAUGUUUGUUUUACUCAUGAUGCUAUGAAAGGGUCUUCACACCAAAGAAUAACUUUCUUUUUUUUAUUUGGUUUUUCAAGACAGGGUUUCUCUGUGUAACCCUGGCUGUUCUAGAACUCACUCUGUAGAUCACAGAGAUCCACCUGCCUCUGCUUCCCAAGUGCUGGGAUUAAAGGCGUGCACCACCACCACCACCACCACCACCUGGCCAAAGUAUAGCUUCUAAAGUUUCAGGAAAUAAGAUUGUCAUUAGCAUAUUUCAACAAAGAUUUAUAAAUCAAAAAAACUGAAGCUUCUGUGGGAAAAGACUUAGAAUUGGGUACAGUUGAAGGUUUGUACUUGGAAAAUGUCAUUUGAGACUUUCAAUUCUUUUGUUCAUUCCCAAGCGUCCUACAACACAUGUAAUUGUGUAUAUUCUUAUUGGUUGUCUCUGUAAUCAGAAAAGUAUUUUAAUAAAAAAUAGAAGUGAA